ACCACGUCCAACAACGUGCAGAGCAUCAUCGAGAGCAGGGUGGAGAAGCGCACCAAGGGCGUGUACGUGCCAUUCGGGGGCAAGAGCAUGAUCACCUUCAUGGACGACCUCAAUAUGCCCGCCAAGGACACCUUUGGGUCCCAGCCGCCCCUGGAGCUCAUCCGCCUCUGGAUCGACUACGGCUUCUGGUACGACCGGCUGAAGCAGACCAUCAAGCACAUCCGGGACAUGUUCCUGAUGGCUGCCAUGGGCCCUCCGGGGGGCGGACGCACGGUCAUCUCCCCGAGGCUGCAGAGUCGCUUCAACAUCAUCAACAUGACCUUCCCCACGGAGUCCCAGAUCAUCCGCAUAUUUGGCACCAUGAUCAACCAGAAGCUCCAGGACUUUGAGGAGGAAGUAAAGCCCAUCGGGAACGUGGUGACCGAGGCCACCUUGGACCUGUACAACACGGUGGUGCAGCGCUUCCUGCCCACGCCUGCUAAGAUCCACUACCUGUUCAAUCUCCGGGACAUCUCCAAG